CAGCAUCAUCUACCGAUGAUCCAGCAUGGCGGCGGUCAAGAGACUGAAACGCGUGGCAGCGUCGCAGCCAGGAUUCAUAUCUUUUAAAUCGUCGGCCGACUCAGAUGACUUGAAUAGUGGCCGGAGAAAGCGUGUGAAUAAGAAUAAGAAAAAGAGUUGGAACAAACACAGUGAUAUUCAAGAUGUUGAAGAGUUUUUGGAUGACGUGAGACUUCAGGAAAGAGCUACAGGAGGACUGAUAUCUGAGAAGCCAGAUGAUAGCCUGUUCUUUGUGGACAUCGGAGAGCAGAGAAAAUGUGUCCAGCCAGAAGUCCAAGAGGGAAAGAAGGGGAAGAAGUCAAGGUCACGGCCCCUGAGGAUAGACCUGAUCCUGCAGCAUGACUCCCUCAUCCCUCCGCCUAAAGAUGUUUUGGCCCACCAGCAACCAAACGCAAAGAAACUCCGCCGCAUUGCAGAGAAUGCCGAGAAAUUGGCGGCCAUGGGUGUGUUACCACGGAGACAGAAGCGCCUCUUGAACAGCAGACCGGCAACUACAAUGUCAAAAGCAAAGACGGCGGCCAACAACUUCCCAGACAGACCCUAUUAUGACCUGUGGGGAGGAGAGGCCAAAGAGACAGCAGAUCCUUACUACCUUGAGCAAACAGGGAAAAAGCGUGUGAGGCGACCAGAGAAGCUCAACUCAAAGCCCUCUAUUCUCCCGGCAGUGGAGGUCAUAGCCCCCGGAGGCUCCUACAACCCAGACUUCUUCUCCCAUCAGGCCUUGUUACUGGAGGCCCAUGAGGUGGAGGUGAAGCGGGAGAAAGCGGAGCUGAGAAUAGAGAGACAGCUGGCUGUCAACCGAGAGGAUACUGCCACUGAGGAGACAGUCUUCCAGGAACAAGUGGAAGGGCUAGUGGAAGAGGAGGAAGACGAAGAAGAAGAUGAUGAGGAAGAUGUUUCUAUUCGUGGUGGCUUGCAGCAGGAGAAGAAGACGGAGAAAGAAAGGAAGAGGGAGCGAGCCGACAAGAUAAAGUUGCAACAGAAGCAGGCGGCGAGGGCGUUCACUGACAAGAAGCAGCAGCUCUUCCAGCUGCGUUCCAUCCAGGCGACCCUGAAGAGGCGGGAGCAGCGGACCAGAGAGAGGGUGGCCCAGCGCAAGGCCAACCAGGAGGCAGAGAAGUCCAUGCCCCGACGCCUCGGCAGACUCAAGUUCCAGGCUCAGGAUCUAGAGGUCCAGCUAAGUGAUGAGAUUCCUGGAUCCCUGCGGACACUCAAGCCAGAGGGCAGUGUCCUCAAGGACCGCUUCAAGAGUAUGCAGAAGAGGAACAUGAUUGAGCCCAGAGAACGAGCCAAGUUCAAGAGGAGACACAAGUUGAAGUAUGUUGAGAAGAGGGCCUUCAAGGAGAUCACCUAGAGACCAAACUAUAGAACUGUUCAGGACUGUGAUGUCACUCACAACACCAUAGCGGCACCCACCACCACUGAGUGACAGCCAGCCAGAGAGCUACUGUUUGCCCCAUCAAAUGUCAUCAAUCAACUCAGCCCAUUUAAGUCAUUGAUGGAUUUGCCACCCUUUUAAACCUGUGUUGGAAAAUAUUGAAGAUCCAAGUCCCCAUGAUUUGUAACAUUAUUGGCCGUGCCUUGAUAUUUUCACGCACCUAUAUAUACACAACACGAACCAGCCCAACCCAGAAAGUGUCAUACAGAUUCAGGGUCAGUUCUAAUGCAUUAUAAGGUCAAAUGAGUUCAUUGGCAGGAUAUUUAAAUCUACAGAUUCUGAGUCUGUCAACAUCAGUUGGGAACGUUAAAGGCUUCAGAAGGGUGCUGUCUCCCGUCCCUCUCUCCCUCCCAGUUGGUAAUCUUGUCUUUCGCUCUUGCCAAACCAUCAAGAUUAAUGACCUCAUUAGAAGGGGUGUAUGCCUGAGUGAAUACGCAAAGUAAUUAAUGACAGACUGUUUGAAACCACGUGUCGAGUUGGACUUGUGUGCAUUCUGUCAGUUACAUCUGUUAUUGUGUACCAAAUCACUUUAUUUGCCGUAAUCUGACUUGAUUUCAUUAAAACAAGUAAAUUAUUGAAA